AUGUCUGCAUCCAGAGCUUUCCACACCUUCGCGUUGGUUGUCUUUGGAGGCCGAAUCGGUGAUACAGCGCUGGCGACAGACUUUGUGAUGAUAUCAAAGAAGUUCAUGGAAGACGGGCUUCAGCCCACCUGUCUCUCUGCUAGGCAUCUGGAAACAAUUACUGAUAUGUCUGGUCCGUUCUUGUUUGGCCGGGAGGAUCUUGGAAGAAGGGUGCAGAUAUACGAUAGCCAGGAGGCGCGCAGCCCUUUCUAUCGCCUCGAUACUCACGGUGUGAAAUCCCAUGCGUUGGCCUGGGCUAGAGGGGUCUCGCGCCAGGUCUCCCCCGGCGAUCGCAUAGUGAUCGUGCUCAUGGGUCAUGGCCGCGAGAGCGACGGCGCAGUCGUAUUCUACCCCCAGCACGCCGAACGCGAGUAUUUGUCCAAAGUCGAGAUGACGGCCGCCCUCUCUGUCUUGCCGCCGCACGUCCGGCUCCUGAUUGUCAACGAGGCUUGCUACUCCGGAACUUGGGCUACGAUCGCCACCGAUAUAGGCUCCCAGCGUGAUGUGCUUGUGGAGACAGCAGCGACCGUCGGCGAGCAGUCCUGGAACUAUAUCUCAGGUUCCGGUCGAAACCGCUGCACCUUGUUUGGAGCAGCCUUUGUGGAGGAGCUGACCACUUACCCCGAGGGCCGGAUCUCCCAUCAUCGCCGUCGGAUCGUGGACGAGAUGCUUCAUGUUCAGCCCGAUCAGAAAACAUCCACCCCGCUGGUGAUUCCCUCCGCCCGGGCUCUUCUAUCGCAUAAUAUCUCGCACUUCAUUCUCACGCCUAAGAUUGCGACAGCCAUCAUGGAUGUAGCAUCGGAGCAGCAUCGACACGAAGCUCUUCUGCGGUCGCGAACCUCUGCCCGGUCCUUGUGGGGGAGGUUCCGUCGCUGGAUGGGCCCGGAACGAGGGCAGGCGCAGGCUUUGGCAGACGGUGAUAGCGCCGACAUGAAGUCGGCCAUCAUCAAGAAAUAUAUCAGCGACCUCGGGCCUCUGGGGGCAGCGCUCGGCUACAGCACGCUUAUCAAUACAUGCCAGUACGCUCUCGAAGGGCGUGGACCGCCCGAUCUCAAAGACCAAGUGAUAGCCACGAUCGCCUGGCAGCAAGCCCAGAUGCUGCGAGUGAGCGAGUUGUUGCACCAUCUGGCCGGGAAGGGGCUGAUCACCGACAUCGUGGAGAAAGAAGUGGCCAAGCGAGCACUGAAAGACCGCCGAGACGAAAUGGUGCUCCCUAUCGCGGAGAGGCUCUUUGAUGGCAAUAAGCUGGACUGUCUGUGUGACCCUCCAGCCCAAGGCCAUGUGGGUGUGUUUUACGACGAUCCCCAGAGCUGGUUGAUUGCUGUCUUGGCUUACAACCGUUUGAUGCAUGAGGAGGAGUUUGAUCUCGACAGUGUCGAGAAGGAGGUGGUCGCGUUUCUUGCUAGCUCUUAG